AUGCGUACUUUUGGUGAACAAAUCAAUUUUUGUGGAAACGGACUGGCUCAUGUGCUGGGGAUCAAAUCUCAUUUUUGGGUGUCCAGUUGCCCAAUCAGCGAUUACAUGGCUUGGGUGCUGGGAAUUCCUCAGCCCUCGUCAUAUAUUCCGUCAUUGAUGGGUAUGGAUAUCACACAUAGGCCGAGUUAUUUGGAAAGGGUACAAAAUGUUUGGUCGACGUUUCUUUACGUUUACUACACCCGGAAAAGUACUCUUGAAGCUACUGAGAUGUUCCGUCGACGAUACGGGUAA